AUGUAUUCUAGUCAAUAUUUAAUUUUUUAUUAUAUAUUUAUUAUAAUUUCUAUGGAAAUAAUUAUGGUAUUAAAUGAAUCAAAUAAUAGAUUACCGUUGAAAAUUGCUGCUUUCUCUGGUAAUGGUUUCAUUUUAAAUAAAUUAAAAAAUCGACCAAUUACAAGUACUGAAGAGAGAAUUGAAAUUGAGUUUCAAACAAAAGAAUCAAAUUCAAGUUUGUUUUGUUCAGGUAGUGAAACACAAUUACUUCGUUUAGAUAUGGUCAACGGGCAACUGAAAGUAUUUCUACACUUACCAAUCACCGAAACCGAUAUUCAAUUAGAUGUAGCAGAAGGAAAUAAUGCAAUUACUCAAAAUCAUGGCAUUUACCGAAAAAACAAGCUAUCAAGUUUAUUUCAGUUGGAUAUAUUGAUUCAAUCUAAACUGGACCCAACAUUACGACUAGACGAUAACCAAUGGCACUCUAUAAUAUUGGAAAGAUCAAACUCAUUGUUACAAGUGUACAUAGAUAACAAUUUGGUAUUUACACGUUUACUUGGUUCACCUAGUUAUCAACGUCUAUAUUUAUUACAUACACAAGUUAUUGUUUUAGGUGGAUCAUAUAAAUUAGGUGAUAUAUAUCAAAUGAAUUCAAUGAAUAUUAUAUCGGAUAAAAAUUUUAUUGGUUUUAUUUCAAAAGCUAUUUUUCAAGCAGAUGCACUUGAAAUGAAUAUUCUUGAAUUUACUUUAUCAAGUUUACAUGGUUUUCGAAUUCAAUCAAUAUUACUUUUCACAAAUAAAACUUAUGAUCAAGUUAAUGAAAUCAACCCAUAUACUACUAAUAAUACUACUGAACCAAUUCAAUUCAUUCAUAUAUGUGAUUUAAUUAAUAAUAUGAAUCAAAUGAUUACAUCAUCAAUUUCUUUUAAUUCAACAACAAUAUUGAAUGAAAAUAUAUUUAUUACUUUAAAAUUACCAACAUUUAUAUUAUUAGAUCUAUUACAGAAUUCUAUGGAAUGUAUUCAACAGAAUUCAAAUGAUCCUAUGAACUCGAUUAAUACAUUAAAAUGGAUUAAUAUAGAAAUACAAUAUAGUUACUAUGCAACUAAUCAUAAUGGUUUACUUUUCUUAUUAAGAGAUGAUAUUGAUGGUAGAUUGAAGCAUUACAGUUUUAUUAAGGAUUAUAAUGAACAAUUAUCAAAUGAAGAUCAUUUAGAUGGGAAUCUAUUAAUUGGUGCUGAAUUUCGCCAUAAUAAUCUAUAUCUUAUUAUACAAAAGAAUAAACAAAUAUGGUUUGAUAUGAAAUUAUAUACAAGAUCUAAUCCAUUACGUAAUAUAAAUAAGUUACAUAUAAAUUAUACAAUGAUAUGGUUAAUCAAUGAAAAUAAUCAUUCAUUAGAUGAUUUAUGGCCAUUAAUUAAAAUAAAUUAUGAUGAUUCAAUGGAGAAUUGGAUGACUGUGGGUCCAAAUAAUCAUUAUAGUACUAAUAAUAGUAACUAUUUGACCUUAAUAAAUAAUGAACAAGAAUUAAAAUUAAUGAAAAAUUUAAAAGUAGUCAAUCAUGUUUAUGAGAAAAUAUGGGAGAAUACAUUAUGGUUUGGUAGAACUUUAUAUUUAGGUGGUAUGAAUUAUACAAAAUCUAUUGAAAGUGGAUUAUUUAUACCAGGAAUUCAAAAUAUUCAUAAUAAAUAUCAACAUUUCCAAGGUUAUAUUACUAGGGUAACAAUUAAUGGUUUACGUUUGGAUUUACAAUCAGCUAUUGAAGCACGUCUACGUUAUUUACAAAGUAUCCAUCAUGAAAAAAUUCAAACAAUUACAGACUUCUCUUUUCCUUUAAAGUGUAAUACUACUAAUAAUAAUGCUACAACAGAAAUUUUACCAACUAUUUGCCCAUCAUGUUCAUUAAAUAAACAAUAUCAUCAUCUUCAAAUAGAGAGAUUAUUAAACUCAUAUAUGUAUAACUCAUCUGAAUUAAAAGAAUCUACACCAAUUCUACAUUUCAAUGGAUUACAGUUAAUACGUAUUCAAUUCCCUGUUCAACAAUAUUCAUCAUUAAUAUGGAUUGUAGUUAUGUUUCAAACAAAUCAUUUGAAUGGUACUAUUCUAUACACAGAACCUGAUUUACAAUAUAAAGUGAAUAUUAUAGAUAAGUUUAUACCACGUAAAAUUAAUAAGAAGAGAUUCACAUAUGAAGAAAUCAAUAAAUUUAUUUCACCUAUACAACAACAAUCACAACAACAACAGAAAACAAAUCAACAAUUUAUAUACAAUGAGUUGUUUGGAUCAAAUCAUGACAGUUUUCAAAUAUUACUUGUAAAUGGUCAUAUUCAUGUGAAAUAUAUUAUCGGUAAUAAAUAUGAAGUAUAUGAAUUACCCGUGUUUUUAUCCGAUGGAAAAUGUCAUCAUUUUGAAUUGAUUCAUAACAAUUCAUAUAUAACUAUUCAUUUGGAUAAAAAUGUAUUUAGUCAACGGACAAAUUUAACCAUUACAGAAUUACCCGUUCAACAAAUAAUUAUUGGAUCAUCCAAUUCAUAUGAGUCGUCAUUAUUAUCAAUAAAUCCUAGGAUUAAUCAAAUUAAUGGUUAUAAUGGUGAUAUAGCAUAUUUUUCAUAUAACGGUCUCGAACUAUUAUCAUACAAGAAAAACAAUGUACCCAUUCAAUAUCCAUUAAAUAAAAGUAAUUUGGAAAAUAGCUUUGAAUUCUCACUUAAUCAAUGGGUGAUUGAAUUUACUGCCCAAUUAUUUCAAUAUAAUGUAAGACAUAGGCCAAUCAGUUAUGACUUUCCUAUACAAUUUAAACAAUCCAAAUGUUAUCUUUCAAUAAUCAACGAACAUUUUGAAAAUGUUCCAUUACUUGUUAAGUUUUCUUUUAAAACAUCAAUUGAUCAAGGUAUAUUGUUAUUUAUUUUAAAUAAAUUAAAUGAUAAUUUUCUACUGAUUGAAUUAAUCAGUAGUCAAUUAUUAUUCACAAUACAUUUUAAUAAUGAAUUAAUAACAAAGAAAAUAACAGCCAUGUCAAGGAAUAAAAGAGUAUUCUUUAAUGAUUCACAAUGGCAUACAAUUGAAUUAUUCAAGGUGAAUAAAGAAAAUAAUUUAUUGACCAUUCGAUUAAAUACACAAACAUCAAUUGAAUUAUCUACUACUACUACUACUACUAAUAUAGAUUUAAAUGAUAUAUUUAAUAUUAAACAAUUAUUUUCAAAUUCUAUAAUUAAUAUUGGUGGUUGUUCAAUGUCAGAUUUUAUAAAAUUUCAAGGCAAAAUUAAAUCAAGAUUCGGUUUCCAAGGUUGUAUUGCCAAUUUUCAAUUGAAUGGCCAUCCAACAAUCAAUCUUCUCCAAAUGGCUAAAGUUUAUCCAAAUCUUGAUUGUAAUGAUUAUAUAGUAUAUGGGUGUGAAUCAAUGACGUCUGGUUGUGCAUCAUCACAAAAUAGAAAUAAUAAUAUCUCUCCAUUUCAUUCAAAUUUUCAUGAUUUUGAUUCUAGCGAUGAUUCGAGAAAUGCAGACAUGUGUUAUAAUGAUGGAGAAUGUUUGGACAGAUUGAAUACAUUUUAUUGUGCAUGUGAUUUAACUACUUUUCAAGGUCAUCAAUGUGACGAAGUUGGGACAACUUUGCAUUUUGGUAAAAUCGGUUCAAUUAAUGCUCAUUUGUUCAAUCCUAAUGGAACUUUAAUUAAUACAAAACAAUAUACUGGAUUUGUACAAUUUCAAAUUGAGCACAAUGAUUUAUAUAUUGUAAAUGAUGUAUUCACUUUAGGACUACAAUUAGAUAUAAAAUUGUUACAUCAUACUGACAAGUUAAACUCAAUCAAUAAUGAUUUUAUCACUUUAUUAUUUGCUGGAAAUCAAUUUCAAAAUAACUUGACUUAUCUUCAUGUCUAUUUGGAACAAGGAUAUUUAAAAAUGAAAUUCUUAUUGGAUGGUUCAAUGAUUGUUAUUGAUGGUCCAAAGAUCAAUGUACAAGAUGGAUAUUAUCAUAGGAUUCGGGGAAUUAGAUCCAGGAAUCAGAUUCUCCUUGAAGUAGAUCAAUAUCAAACUGUUUAUCGUCUAUACAAUGAAUUUGGUUCGCUUUUGAAAACACGCUAUCUUUGGUUGGGUCAUUCACCAUUAUCAAAUUUUUCUGAUUUCAUACAAGGUUAUGUAACAGGGGUCUAUUACAAUGGAUUACGGUUAACUGAUCUUGCAUCUGGUUUACAACAUCUGACAUUUGUUAAAGUUACGCGAUACGCCGAAGUAGAGUAUACAAAUACAUUUCAAUUGAAAUUAGGACCAAAUAGUCCAUUUUACACUAAAUCCAAUCUACGAAAAAGAAAAAAACAGUUACAACUGUCAAAAUCUUCAUCUUCAAUUUUCAAUCCACUUGUGAUUUCAAAUGGUUUUCUUACAGAUUUCAAUAUACCUAAUACAAAUGAAAAUAAGUGUUUAUCAUGUACAACUAAAAAUGAUUUCUCACUAGAUCCAUCACCUCUUAUAGCAUCAUCACAUUCAAAUACUUUAUUGCCUAAUUCCGAGAUUCAACCAACAUUGAUAACAUUUACAAAAUCAUUAAAUAUUUGGUUAUUUAUUUGUUUAAUUCUAACAGGUUUAAUUUUAAUUAGUUCAUUUGGUUUUCUUAUUUAUCGUUGUACACAAAAUCGACACUUUAAAGAAUAUAACACACAUAUUUCACAUUAUGAACAAUCUACUUCAACAAAUGAACCACAUUUAUUACAAUCAAUAGAGAAUGCCAAAAUUAAUGAAUUGGAUAAACAAGAAUACGAUCAAAAUAAUGAUUUUUCUCAAAAUCAAUAUCAACAAAAUAUUUCAUUAUGUCAUACAGGGUAUCCAAAUGAUUUAAUAACAUCUACCUCAAUUAUUCUUGGUAAUGAUCAAUAUAUGAAGGAUAAAAUUGACACUUUACCAACAUCUUUAUAUAUAGAUAAUGAAACUCUAUCUAAUUUAAAUGAAACUUAUACUACUCAGAAUAGAUUACAACAUGAGUUAAAUAAUCAACAAAUGGAUGAUUAUAAAUUAGAUAGAUAUGUAAAUGUAUCCAAUUGGUCUACAAUACAAAGAAAUCAUGGUUAUAACUCCAAUGGUAAUUUCUUAAAACAUUCCAAUUUCUUUACUUAUCAUCCUCAUUCAUAUAAUUUACACAAAUCUAAUAUAAAUAAUUUUACAUUUGUACAAAAUAAACAAGCAAUGUAAGAUAUGCAUCAUGUAUAUGUGUAUGUGUGUGCGUGGGUUUGAUUACAUGUCUGUCUGCAUGUUAGGUUAAUUAUAUAAUAUUACGUUUUAGUUAUUAUGCAUUAAUGUAACAUUAAUGUAAUUUGUGUUACCUCAUUGUAUUUGUGCUUUUUGGUAUAUUUCAAAAGAGAAGAAAUAAACCGGACCUAUUCAACAGGGUAUGCUGAUAUUCCAUUUGAGUAGUAAAUAUGUAUUGAAAUAUAUAAUUAAGAAAAGUUGAAUAAUAUAAAUCACUUUUACAUUACUCUUAUAAUUCAUCCAUUUUAAAACAAAAUUGUUCUAUGUUAUUACAUCAUUAUUAUAUAAGUGGAUUAUUUCCUUCCAUAUUGCUAACCUUUAUUCAUUGAAUGUACAAGUCAAAGUCUGAUUUUCUGUACAUUUUCAAUAAUACAUAAACAGUUCCUACAAAAAAUAAUUCUGUUUUAUUUCCGAUAACAAUGUAAAGUAAUUUGAUUUUCAAUAGAUCCCCAUUCGAUGUUGAUCUACAACUAAAACUUUAUGAUUCUAUCAGUUCAAUGAACUGAAUAAUAUUUAUAAUCUCAGAAAUCUAGUACAUUUUCUAUGGAAUAAUUUAUUUGGUU